CAGUCGGCAGUUCCCAAUAAACCUCACUCGUGAAAGGUUGUCUAAACAGUGGGUGACCACCGAGAGGUUCUUAACGUUCAGAGGCCUAACGUGUUUGUGAAGGUGAUCGUUAGCGACGGAAUCCGAAGUGCUCAUCAGCCUGUGACACGAUGGUCGUCCUGCAGCCCAUCAAGCCCGGUGCGCCCAGAUUCACCCUCGCCCUGAAGCGUGGGCGGGCGAGACGGGCGUUGUCUCUCCUGGGCACCAACGACGCCCAGCAGAACCUCCAGUUGGCCGAGUCCCUGCUCACCAUCUCCUCCGAGGACUUUGCCAAGAAGUGGAAUUUCGACCCCGUCCGAGAGAUGCCCCUGGAGGGCGGGCGGUUCCAGUGGACGCCCGUGGCGGCGCCCGAGGCCAGGCACAGUGCCAGCGAGAACGAGGACCUUCAGGCUUGCCUCAGCGUGCCCAGCCUUGACUUGCCCCGGCCAGGUGCGGCGGCCGAGGGCGUGCAGGAGGUGGUGGCGGAGUGUCGCCUCGUCGUGGCGUCCCUCGAGGCUGGAAGACCCACGUGUCUCUCCAGCGCCGCGCCCGCGCACGCCCGCGCCCAGUCCGGCGAGUCGUGCCCGCAGUGCCCCGACUCCGCCGCCGCCGCGCCCGCCGCUGCGCGCAGAGUCGCUCCUGCCCAGAGCGCCAGAGACGGCGCAUCCGCGGCAGCCAAGGCGGUCACGGAACCUGCGCCCUCCGAUGCCCCGGCGGCGAGGGUGCCCAGCGCAGACGUACCCAUGCCCACGACGCAGCCAGAGGACAACACUCCAGCCCAGCCCACGCCCGCAGAGGUCACGGUCUCAGCAGAGGCCACGCCCACAGAAACCACCAGUUCGGCGCUACCUACGGCCGCCGCCCUCAGCCUCCGCCAGACGUGCAUCACAGAUUUCGUGAGGCCCCGCAAGAGACGCGCCGUCAGCAUAGAGUCGCAUUACCACGUUCCGCACAAGAAGGCUCUCCUGCAGUUGCGGGCGUGAGGUACUCUCAACAGCCCCAGCGCCCUUGGAAGAGGA